AUGGCUAGUCCUCCCGUGCUAGCUUUCGAUACUGAGGGACGUCCAGUGAAAUUUGACACCUGGCUAGAUGACCUGCACCUUUUCCUACAGCUCACUGCCAAGGAAGACAUCUCACUGUACGAUCACGCCCUAGGCCAUGCCCCUGCGCCUGCUGCUACUGCCGACAGCUCUACCCGCUCACAGUGGCAGACUCGUGACGCCCACGCUCGCUUUGCUAUUCGCAACUCCCUGCCGCUAGAAGAGCGCGAGCACUUUGGCCAGCACAAGACUGCACAGGACCUGUACAAAGCUGUCGUUGCCCGCUACUCCUCGCCUGCCUCUGCCGCUCUAGGCCGUCUCUCGCUUCCCUACCUGUUCCCCGACCUGUCCUCUUUCCACACAGUCGCUGACCUCAUCACCCACCUCCGUACUAGUGAGGCCCGCUUCCGUGCUGCCAUGCCCGCCGAGUUCCUUGCCAAGAACCCUCCCCCGCUCUGGCUCACUCUCUACCACCUAGUCACCCGCCUCCCUGACUCUCUGCGUGCAGUCAGGGAUUCCUUCCUAGCUCGCUGCCCUACUGAGCUCACCAUUGCCCUCCUCGAGAAGGAACUACUUGCAGCUGAGGCUAGCAUAGUCGCUGUAGGUGCCUCUCGUGGCGACCCCCGCACCCCGUUCUUUGAGGGGUGUUCUCCUUCCCCCCUUCUUCCCUCUGUCGCCUCUGCUGCUGCUGUCGACCUCCUUGGUGCUGAGAAGGUCGGGACUGCGUCUGCUUCGAGCGGACGCCGCAGCGGCAAGGGCAAAGGGGGCAAGGGAGGCGGAGGUCACAGUGGGGGAGGAGGUGGUGGGGACGGUGGCGGCGGUGGGGGUGGUGGCGGGGCUGGAGGGGUGAGUGGUGGCGGUUGGGGGGGUGGCGGCAGCGGCGGGGGAGGUGGCAGAGGCGGGGGCGGUGGUGGGGGUGGCGGUGGACGUGGAGGCGGCGCGGGUUGGGGUGGUCGAGGAGGUGGGAGCGGAGGUGGUGGUCGUGGAGGCGCUGGCGGUGGCCAGAGCCAGCAGCACACUCCGUCGCCCCAGGAGACGUGUGGGAGGGCCCACACCGCGCAGCGCUGCUUCUCUCGUCUCGACGACGCUUGGCGUGUUCAGUUCCCUCAGGCCUCUGAGCUGCCCCGCUGGAUUGAUCUCCUGAAGAAGGGGAUUGAUAUCUAUGCUCUAGACUUUGAUGCUAUUCUCACUGCCAUGUAUGUGAUGUCUACUAGUGGAGAGGGUGCCGAGUACCUGUGUGUUCCGCCCGACCCGGGCAUUAGGACCAGUGAGUCUGCCGCUUCAGGUCCGCGCGUGUCUGCUACCUCAGGUGCUGGUGCGGCUGCUGCUCUAGGUGCUUGUGCGUCUGCGCCCACUGGUACUGAGUCGACUGCAGCACUGCACACCUUCACACUGGACUCAGGUGCUUCUCGCUGCUUCUUUCGUGACCGCACUGCCCUUGAGCCACUUGCUCGGCCAGUUGCUGUCUCUCUCGCUGACCCCUCCGGGGGACCGGUCGUGGCGACCUCCUCCACUGUCCUUCCCUGUCCUGCGGUCCCGUCGGGCACAUUGUGGGGUCUCCACCUCCCCUCGUUCUCUACGAAUCUGGUGGCUGGGUGUGCGCUCAGGAUGCGUGUGUUCACCAGUUCACCCCGGCCUACGAGCGCGUGA